CCUGACGAGCACGGAUCGUACGCUAGGAACAAACUACACUGGGUCAACAUUCCUGAAGAAGCCAACCAUUUUACUUUCGACCGAUAUUUGAAUAAGAGGCGUGUUAUGAUAUUUGAGUUUGGAAAUGAUUUCACACCACUACUUGCAUACAUUUUGUAUUAUCAUAGUAUUAUCGACUAUUUCUGCAGCUUCACAAGGGAAAGUGGCUGUAUUCUUAGAUAUCUCGAAUAACACAGACAUAAAACUAGUCAGAGAGGUAUUUCCACUAUUGACUGAAAGAGGGGAGACUUAUGAAGUAUUGGUAAUCGUCUCCCCCAAGAAUGCAACUACUGCAAGAAAUGACCUUUUGCGACAUCUGAACACUCCGAAGUUCUCUUCAUUUUUUCCCAAUCAAAAAUUUGAAUGGCUUGUAAAUCAACAAGAAGUCCUCGAAUGGCUGUCCAUGAAUGCACCAGAGACUGUUCUUUGCUUCUCCCAAGAUAUUUGGUUACCAUUUGCUGUGGUUGACGCAAGGAGGAAAGGUAUAAUACCGAUCAAUUCAAGCAUUAUAUCAAUAAUGGAAGAUCGUAGAGAUUCAACUCAUAUUGAUACAUUAGAUGAAGUGCUCCAUGAAAAAAUGGCAUCAACAGUAGAGUAUUCCGAUCAUGUGCUUUUUGCAAAUGUUAGAGCCAAAAAUUUUCUAAGAAAMAUAUUUCUUGGAAGCAAACAUGGUACUGCAAAUAAACAUCUGCUUGAGAAAGUUAAUUCGGCAUUAAUUCUGGGCACCUCUUCUUGGAGCAAACARAUACUUUUGUUAAUACCAAGUAAACAUAUAUCAGGCGUAAAAAGGGAAAGCCGCCGCUACAAAAGAAAUGUCGCUCCACUUAAUGUUGCAUCAUCUUCAUUAAUAACCUCUUCCUCCUCUUCCGUCGCUGUUAUGUCAAUGUCCUCUUCGCAAUACAAUGAAGAUUUAUCUUCAACUACUUAUAGCUUAAUGUCAUCAUCGCCACAGCCCUCAGCUUCGCCUUCAGUUGGUGUAAGUCCGUCAGUGUCCUCUUCGCCACGACCUUCUUCAUCGCCCUCAGUUGCUGUAAGUCCGUCAAUGUCCUCUUCGCCACGACCUUCAUCGCCUUCAGUUGGUGUAAGUCCGUCAAUGUCCUCUUCGCCACGACCUUCUUCAUCGCCGUCAGUUGGCGUUAGUCCGUCAAUGUCCUCUUCGACACGACCUUCAAUAUCGCCUUCAGUUGGUGUCAGUCCGUCAAUGUCCUCUUCGCCACGACCUUCAUCGUCGUCUUCCGUUGGUGUUAGUCCGUCAAUGUCCUCUUCGCCACGACCUUCAUCAUCGUCUUCAGUUGGUGUUAGUCCGUCAAUGUCCUCUUCGCCAGGAACCUCAGCUUCGACUUCAGUCGCUGUCAGUCCUCCGUCAAUGUCCGUUUCGCCACGACCUUCGACAUCGUCUUCAGUCGCUGUCAGUCCAUCAAUAUCCUCUUCGCCGCAACUUCAAAGUUCUUCCUCAUAUUUUGCUACUCCGUCUAUUUCUGCUAAAUUAUCAACCUCUUCAGUGAAUUCAUGGGCUUUAUCUACACUAGUGACUAAGCAUUCCGUAACUUCCUCAAGUACUUAUUUCUAUCCUGAUACAACGCCUUCUACAACUCAAAAACCAACCACUGCACCACGUCAAGAAAAGAAGAGAUACUUGAUUACUUUCAAAGGUGACUGCGAAAAAAUAGUAAGCAAUCCAGUUCAAAAAGAAGAGUUUAUGAAGCAAUUCAAAGAAACAAUCGCAACAAUCAUUUCAAUCUCUGUGGAAGACAUCCAUGUUGAUAAUAUUCGGUGUGGCUCUAUUCUUGUCACUUUUACUGUCGCUCAUGCAUCCUCAAGAACCAUAGAAGAAUUAGAAAAGGCACUGAACGAUAAAAGACUUAAAGUCCAGUUGAAGGAAACAACUUACGUUGCUAGUAAAGUAGAAGUAGUCAAACCAAGCCCGACUAGUGGUUCUUCCUCUUCGUCUGACAAGAAGCUUGCCUUUUGGUUGUACGUCUCUUUUGGAGCAGCGAUGGGUCUAAUAUUUCUCAUUGGUUUAAUUGUACUGCUAGUGCGUUGUCGUAGAGAUCGUCUUAGUAAAACGUUUGUCUUAAGUGGUGAUGCUGAUAUGGAAUUGAAAAGAUAUCGAGGAAUGCCACGGUCUUCAUAUUAUCGAGUUGAAAUGUACGGCGAUCCUAUGGAAGCAGAUGCAGUUCGGUCUGGAAUCGACGAAGAAUAUGAUGGUGAGGCCCUAACUUACCGGCAAAGCAACAUUUCGUUGUCUUCGUCAAAGCAAGAAUCCCGUCAUCCCACUAAUAACGUCAGCAGUCAAGACGAGUUUUAUAUGGGCAACCUUCCUGAAUGGAAGGUUCCAAAGUUGAAAACAUCGGAAGUGGUCGUUAACGACAGUAACGAAGAUAGGAAGAGUGAUGAUGAUGGUGACGACGUUUUGCAUGCUUAUGACAACCCAGUGAUGACAUUUGGAGGUUCAUCCUCAGAUGCGUCUGUAGAAAAGUAAUAUUAUGUCAUUGCACGGUUAACCCAGUCAUUAUAAAAAUAUAACUAAUAGUAAACAAUGAUUACCAAAAGAAAAGAACUGCCUAGUAAAUUGGUAAUGAAGAAGUUAUUAAGGUUAUCCGUUAAAGAGAUGAAGCUAUUCAUCAUACAUUUACUCAUAAAUUUUCUUUUAAAAUACUGUAUUUUGUCAAAUUUUCAGCAGAUUACUCUCAAAUGCUGCCAUUUGUCUCUGGCUUGAUUUAGAAUAGCUGGGAUGUAAUUUAGACUAUUGGGCUUUUUAUAGUUUAGAAGAAAGCUAACUUUAAAUCAUUUGUGAAGACUAUUGAUAAAUGGAUUUGCACAGUCAAUGAAGAAAUGAACUCGAUAUUACAAUUCGCUGCACUGUUAUUUUCAGGGAAUUGAUAUAACUCCAAACGUGGAGUUAAAAAAAGGUACAAGAUGAUUCCUUUUUAGGAGUAACAUUAACUCCACUUAUUAUUCUACUUAGGUAUCUUCAGGUGGAGUUAAAAUUAUCCAUAGUGGAGUUGAAAUUACCCUUAGUGGAGUUUACUCUCAUUACGGAGUAGAUUUAACUCCCUUUAAAGUUACUCCAUUCGGUGGAGUAAAUUCAACUCCCUUGACAGAGUUAUAUCAACUCCCUUAUUGUGUUACGUUGAAAAUAAGUACAGUAAAAGACAUUUCGUGUUCCUCAUGACCGAUACUGUAGUACUUUAGACAGAAAUUGCGUUUUUAUAAUAUAAACUUCCUGUAAUUUUAAAAUUUUAAAUGCACUGUGCAGUCCUUUGUUAGGGGYUAGAUUUUGUUUUUUGUUAAUUAAGGGGGAAAAAAAGUCGAGAAAAAAAAUGACGCGAGCGUGUAUUAUGCUCUCAUCAAACACGGCUUUUUGGCCAAUCAGAGCGCACGUAAUACAAAAGUUAUUUUAUAAUGCUCUUUUUCCCACACAAGUGUUAUCCAAAUGGCUGGCUAUCAAUUUUUAACCUACAAGUAAUAAACAUCUUAUUUUCAUAAUA